AUGUGUAAUAGUAAAAAAACACUCCACUUGGCAUCCAAAGGAAGAAAGCCAUGGUAUCAUGCUGACGGUACUGUCGCUAAGCCAUAUAUGAUUGGUAUUGCAGGUGGAAGUGCAAGUGGUAAAACAAGUGUCGCUGAACGUAUUUUGAAAAACUUGAAUGUUCCUUGGGUUGUUAUUCUUUCAAUGGAUUCAUUUUAUAAUAUUUUGUCGCCUGAGAAUAAGAAACUAGCAAACGAAAACAACUUUAAUUUUGACCAUCCUUCUGCCCUUGAUUAUGAUUUAUUAUUAGAGACACUUAUUAAGUUAAAAGAAGGAAAAUCAGUUACGAUACCAAUUUAUAACUUUUCAACUCAUUCAAGAGAAGAAAAGACAACAACUAUUUAUGGCGCAAAUGUUAUUAUUUUUGAAGGUGUACUUGCUUUUCAUGACAAGAGAAUUAGAGAUAUGAUGGAUGUUAGAAUUUUUGUUGAUACAGAUUCUGAUAUUCAAUUAGCAAGAAGAAUACAAAGAGAUACUUUAUACAGAGGACGUGAUGUGUCUGGUAUUUUAGAUCAAUAUACAAGAUUUGUAAAGCCUGCUUUUGAUAAUUAUGUUAGACCUACUAUGAAGUAUGCCGAUGUAAUUAUCCCAAGAGGUUUAGAGAAUGUAAUUGCUAUUGAUCUUAUGACAAAACAUAUCCAAAGUCAACUCCAAGAAAAUAUGAUUAACUUACGUUGGGGUUUACUCGAUACACCUAUCAAUAACGAAUUACCUGACACUGUCACUAUUUUACCUCAAACAAAUCAAAUUAAGGGUAUUCAUACUAUUUUAAGAGAUCAUAAAACUCCAAGAGAUGAAUUUGUAUUUUAUGCAAAUCGUUUAGCUGUAUUAUUAAUGGAGCAUGCUGUCAGUUGUCUUCCUUCUGAACCAAUUACAGUAACUACGCCUAUAAAUGCUACUUAUGAAGGCUUAAAAUUUAGUCAAAAAGUCUGUGGUGUCUCUAUUUUGCGUGCAGGUGGAACACUCGAAGCUGGUUUAAAGCGAGUUAUUUCUGAUGCAAUUUUUGGAAAAUUAUUAAUACAAACUGAUCCUAACACAGGUGAUCCUGAGCUUCAUUAUUGUAAAUUACCUAAAGAAAUUGAUGAAUAUGAUAUUAUAUUAAUGGAUGCUAUGGUUGGCACUGGUGCCGCUGCCUUGAUGGCAAUACGUGUAUUAUUAGAUCAUGAAGUUCCAGAGGAACGAAUUAUUUUUGUAUCUUUUCUUGCUGCACAAAUUGGUCUUACCGUAAUUACUAAUGCUUUUCCCCGAGUAAGAAUUGUUACGUCUAUGGUUGAUCCUAAUUUUAAUAAAGAGAAGCUUUGGAUUGAACCUGGUAUUGGUAAUUUUGGAGAUCGCUAUUUUGGAACAGAAGAUGAUGAAGAAUAAUAAUUAAUAUUAUAUUAUUAAGGGGUAGAAUAAUUAAAUAAAAGCAGAACAUAUAAUUAUUGUAUUGAUUGUUUGAAUAUUCUUUAUUAUAAAAUUUUACAUGUAUUUAUAUAUAAAUAAACACCUCAUGAUUGAUUUUCCC